GUUUAGGUUAGCAAAAUGGAGGCGCGCAGUGGUGGCGCUGAGGCAGGGGAGCCGAGAGAAGCGGCGGUUAUGGCCGCCGCUGCCUUUUCCGACGGGGAAGAAAGCGACGAGGCCCCAGAGGAGGUGACUUUCGAGAGGGCGCGGGAGGCCGCUGCGGAGGAGCGCCGGCUGGCGGGGGAGCGGGCCUGCAGAGAAAAGGCCGUAUUGAAAGAAAAGAGACGGCAUAGAGAAGAACUAUUUAAGGAACAGAAGAAAAGAAAGCUGCUUCCUGAAAAUGUCUUGGAGGAGUUGGCAUCUACACAGAACAGCAUCAAUUCAACAACUGAUGAACAAGAUCAGGAUGUUGAAGAUGAAGUUGAAAAUCAAGACGAUUCAGAAAAAGACAGUGAAGAAGAAAUUUUGGCAACCAGAUGCCCGCCAAAUUACAUGGCUGUGCGGUUAAAAGACCAGGAGCUAACCAAUCGACAGCAACAGGAAGCAAAAGACUUUAUACAGAAACAUCUUUAUGGAGCAAGCUGCAAUCGAACUACUGCAAAUCAAUAUUUUUCGGUUGAAAACAAGAAAAAUGCAGUUAAAAAAGCUGCAAUGCAGUUUGUGAAUAGAUCUUGGGGUAAAGUAAAAAAAGAAAAAGCUACUCGGUUUACAAAACAUUGGGUAUCUUCAAAACUAAUUCCCUGAAAUAUUUUGCUAUUGCUUAUGUACAAUAUCAUUGCAAAAUACCUUGUAUUUGAAUUACACAAUGUCCUUGCUAUUGUUUUAUAUGUUAACAUUUUUAUGAUUUAUGUUUUCUUUUAAAUCUUUACAAAGAAUUAAAACGUAUAACCUUCUGGAAAGUAAUUAAGGUCUUGCAAUGGUUUGUUCCAACUAAACGUUUUUACCUGGAUCUUUGGAAUUCAGUUGAAUUAAGUUUUGAUUGAAUGAGAAAUUAAGUUUAUUAAAUAUUUUGACACUAUUUUUACUAAAAUGCUUUUUAACAUUUGACUCUCCCACACCUGUAAAUUGACUUACUACUGCACCCACAACAUGCUUUUUGGAAGUACAUUAGAUUUGUAAAACGAAGAUAUAUCUUGAAAUAAUUUGUAUAUAGGUUUGCAAAUAUGGGAAAUAUUAAAACAUAACACUUUGAAUCUAGUUUGCCUGAAAAUAAUUCCCAUGGAAUUAGUAAAUAUUCCAACAAAAAUGCUUGUUCCCCAACCUGCCGUCUAGCUGCCUAUGGGAACCACAAGAUGUGAAUCAGUAGGAAUACCUAAUUCAUUAACUGCCUAUCCCUAGCCCACUUACUAGAGUAAGAGACAUAGUCAGAAUGGUCAUAUGCAAGAAGCCAGCACAGAAUACUUACAGCAGACAAUGGUAUAGUUAUAAUCCACUGCUGAAUUUCUUUAGGAGUCAACACCAGUAGCAAAGCAGGUCCAAAGAAGAAAUCAGGUUGUCAGGAAAUUUAUUUCACAUUUGGCUCCUUUCCAGUAAAAAAAAGUUAAACUUGGAAGCUGUUGUCCUUCAUCUGAAUGAAUUUUAUACUGAUCAAGAACUAACUGUAAAAAUUGAACUAUUCAGGAACAGGUAUCCACUAUGCCUAAACAGACCACUAUUAAGUAAUUGGGCAAGCUUUUUUUUCUCUGCCGUUUGUCUCUUGAUGGAGUAACCCCAUAAUUCUUGUAGUCCAGAUCUACAUAUCUCAGUCAGAAUCCUAGUUAGAACUAGGUAAUUUAGGGUGGCUCCCCUAAAAUCUCAGUAUUAUUUCCUGACAUCACUGGAUUAUAUUAAUUUUUACUCAAAUUCUGUUGCUCUCCCUAUUUCUCUAAGCACAGGGGUGUAAGAAGGGGUGUCAAACUUGCAAUGACAUGUUGUCAGGUGACGUAGCGCAACUUUUUCCCCCUUCGCUAAACCAGGGGUGGGUGUGGCCAGUGUGUGACGCCCCCCAAACCUGCGCUAAGGGAAUUGGAAUAACAACUAGCAUUAAGAGAGACACUUGAUUACACAUCAAGCCAUUGCUGAUUCUUAGCAGCCACAUAAAUUUUAUCUGUCCCUAAACCUGAUGUUUCAGAUCUCUUGGCAGUGGUGUAUUCAUGGCACUCUGUCUGGAUCCAUCCUUUUUCUUCCACCUUCCCCACAUUAGAGCCUUCUCCAGAGAGCUGUCUUAUGCCCAAAGUAGGGUCACUAGAGCCUGGUCAACUGGCACCUCAAGUGAGAACUCUGGGUUGAUUUGUUUGUUUGUUUUUUCGUUGUCCACAAUAGUCUCAAGAGUUUUCUCCAAAGUUCAUUAAUAUUCUUCCUCUCCUACUUUUCAAAGUCUAAAGAUUGGAAAGCUAAUACAGUAUAUUUUAAUUCUAGUGGUUAUUGUAUUCAAAGGCAAUCACAUAAUCCCUUCAAAUUUGGUGACUCAGUAGAUUGACUUUGCAGAAGCUGAAGCAUUCUAGCUUUACAUCUGUAGCUAUACCUAAGGAGUAGGCUGAGUAAUGAAAUAGUCUGUUCAAUACUGAUAAUGAUGCCUGGCCAAAUCUUCACCUUGCAAAUUCUGCCUAUCACAGCCUUGGGAUGUUCCACUCUGCUACUGAUGUUGCACGUUUCAUUAUAUAUAUUUUUUAAAUUUGCUUGGAGACAUACGAGACUUUCAUUCUAUGAAUAGACCUGAGAUGCUGUUAAAUUACUGCUAGUAGUAUACCUUCUUUACAAAACAGAGAAUAAUAUAGGUAACACAAUCUUGCUCAAGUGGGGCCUUAAUCCAUAAUUUUCAGCAGGAGUUAAUGUUGCCCAUGAGCCAUGCCAACAAACCUGUCAGGCCAGAAAAGCAGAUGGUUAAGAGCAUGGUACAGUGAGAUCAAAAGGCUUUACCAAACAAAAGCAUCAACAGUUGUUUAUAAAGUUGGACCAUUUUCCCCCAAUAUAAGUUCUUUACACAAUAAUUCAGGAAUGUUUCCUUGCCACUCCAUUAAGAACCACAGGUAGAUUAUUGCAGGAUCUAUUCUGGUGAAAGCAUAAAAGCUUUCCUGGCUUAAUAUCUGAAGGAACUAUUAAUGCUGCUUUUUUCAUUCCCUCCAGACAAAAAAAAAUGAAGCAAAUGUAUGUAUUUGGGUUCUUUCCUAUUAUAG